UCAUUUCAAGUUUUGCCUUGCUAUAAGUUUUGUGGCCAUAAUAACAUGUUUCAAGACCAGUGAGCCACAAGCCCAGAAGUUCAGAAGUAGCCUAGAGAAGAAGAAAAAAACAGUCCUGCCCUUUCUGAAGAUUUCCUGUUUCAUGAAAAGUGCAUACAUACCGUCUGACUCAUAUACGGCAAGUUCUGCCUGAACUAUUUACUUUUCUAACCGGAGGCUGUUUGAGAGACGCAUGAGAGCAACAGGCAGACCGAAGAAAAUCCGAAGAACGUCUCGAAUUAAAGUCUGGAUAUUUACUAUUAUCAAGGCUUUAGUAAAUGAAAAGAAGAGGAGUUUAUAGUCCGUUUCUAAAUGGAGCUACUUCGUUUUUCCCCUUUCUGGUGGGGAACGAUAAUGUUUGGUAGUAUUCUGUUAGAACAGAAAAUGGCCUCAUCAAUGACUAUGCUGAAGCUGAAGCGUCUGUGUAAGUUCUGUGACGUUGAGUCUACCAGCUGUACGGGCACAGGGAGCUGUAUGACCGCCUGUAGUAUCACAGCCAUCUGCCCCCAUCCAGAGGACGUGUGUGUCAGCAUUUGGAGGAAGAAAGACGACAAUGUCACCAUAGACACGAUAUGCCACAACCCAGCCCAUAAGCUGCAUGGUCUGGUGCUGGAGGACUAUAACAACAGCAAGUGUGAGACGAGGGAGAGGAAUGGCAUGGGCUCCCAGUUCUUCAUCUGCUCCUGCUCCGAGGACGAGUGCAACGACCACAUUUUCUUCCCUCCUUGUGAGUCCCUCUGUAGUGCUAUGUCACCUGCUAUGUAGUGCAAUGUCACCUGUUAUGUCAUGCUCAAGGUUGCCUUUUGUAGGCAUUAUGAUUGGUCAUGUGAGUGCAACAACCGUGUCUUCUUCACCUUUAUAGGGCGGCAGGUAGCCUAGUGGUCAGAGCGGUGGACCAGUAACCGAAAGGUUGCUAGAUCGUGCUGACAAGGUAAAAAUCUGUCGUUCUGCCCCUGAACAAGGCAGUGAUAACCCACUGUUCCUAGGCUGUCAUUGUAAAUAAAAAUGUGUUAUUAACUGACUUGCCUAGUUAAAUAAAGGUUAAAAAAAUAAAACCUUCUGGGAGUCCCCAUCUGGUGCUAUGUCACCUGUCAUGGCUGAUUGUGUUUUGUAGGCUAGCUAUUACAAUUGAUCAUAUAGUUUACUAACACUUUUGACGUAACUCACACAUGUUCUUCUACCAUAUGUUGUAAUAAACGCUUAUGCAAUUCCUUAUUAGGUUGUCAUGUUUGGUGCCAAACAUGAAUGCUAACAUUUGUUUACUGUUGUACACCCUCCAAAUGUUUUAUUUAUUUUUUAUUUAACCUUUAUUUAACUAUGCAAGUCAGUUAAGAACAAAUUCUUAUUUUCAAUGACGGCCUAGGAACAGUGAACUGCCUUGUUCAGGGGGCAGAACGACAUAUGUUUACCUUGUCAGCUCGGGGAUUCGAUCUUGCAACCUUUGGGUACAAGAUUGCAAACAGGUUUUAUAUCGCAGAGGCAUUUUGGCUGUAGUGUUUGGUUAUAAUCUUGGUCCGAGAAUCAAAUGUAUUUUCUUUUUCCAAUUAAAGUAACACAGGAUGGUCAAAAUACUUCUUGACGGUGUCUUAAAGUGUAUUUUCUUAGUCUAAGUAAAGUGACAAAGGAUGGUCGUAAUGCUUCAUGACAGUGUCGUAAAGUGUAUUUUCUACAAGUUAUUUAAAAUAUGAUUAAAAAUACAUGACUGGCAGUGAAAAAAAUAAUUUCAAUAAAUGUAGGUGUCAUAACCGGCCAUGAAAUAACACAAUAUAUGUCACAACAGGUGUAAAUAUAUGGGUCAUGACAGUGUAAUGACCAUAUUAUGACAGGUUAUGACAAGUUAUGUCAUCUGUUAUGGCAUGGUUCUGACCAUGUCAUAACGUGUUAUGACACUGGGUGUCAAGUAAAGUGUUACCCAUAUUGUUAUCUGUUGCUAUAUUUGCAUAGCUUAAUCACAUAUGCAUUUUGCUUGCUACCGAUAUGUUUAAUAAUUGUAUAUUCAUAUUGCAAUUUAUUAAUAUUAUAGGAUUUGAUAACCUAAUUAUGCUUUCAUGUAAUAUCAUGAUUAUUAUUAUUUACUAUUUCUCUGUGUCCCUGCAGAAAAAAACGUAUAUACAAACUACGUUACCCAUCGGCUGGGCAGUCCUUAACCAAAGUCAAUCAAGACAAGAAUCACAGACUAAUGCUUUGGGGGGCUGUGCUUUGGCAAAGUGGGUGGGGUUAUAUCCUUCCUGUUUGGCCCUGGCCGGGGAUAUCAUCGGAUGGGGCCACAGUGUCUCCUGACCCCUCCUGUCUCAGCCUCCAGUAUUUAUGCUGCAGUAGUUUAUGUGUCGGGGGGCUAGGGUCAGUUGGUUAUAUCUGGAGUACUUCUCCUGUCUUAUCCGGUGUCCUGUGUGAAUUUAAGUAUGCUCUCUCUAAUUCUCUCCUUCUCUCUUUCUUUCUCUCUCUCGGAGGACCUGAGCCCUAGGACCAUGCGUCAGGACUACCGGGCCUGAUGACUCCUUGCUGUCCCCUGUCCACCUGGCCUUGCUGCUGUUCCAGUUUCAACUGUUCUGCCUGCGGCUAUGGAACCCUGACCUGUCCACCGGACGUGCUACCUGUCCCAGACCUGCUGCUUUCAACUCUCUAGAGACCGCAGGAGCAGGAGAGAUACUCUUAAUGAUCGGCUAUGAAAAGCCAACUGACAUUUACUCCUGAUUAUUAUUUGACCAUGCUGGUCAUUUAUGAACAUUUUAACAUCUUGGCCAUGUUCUGUUAUAAUCUCCACCCGGCACAGCCAGAAGAGGACUGGCCACCCCUCAUAGCCUGGUUCCUCUCUAGGUUUCUUCCUAGGUUUUGGCCUUUCUAGGGAGUUUUUCCUAGCCGCCGUGCUUCUACACCUGCAUUGCUUGCUGUUUGGGGUUUUAGGCUGGGUUUCUGUACAGCACUUCGAGAUAUUAGCUGAUGUACGAAGGGCUAUAUAAAAUAAACUUGAUUUGAUUUGAUUUUGA